AAAACAAAACCAUAGCUUAUUUUCAUCAGCUUCUUGCUACCUAAUCCAUGGCCAAAGAAGGAGAGCACAGCACGUUCCAUGCCAAGGACUAUGUCGACCCUCCACCGGCCCCGUUGUUCGAUGCAUCGGAGCUCAAGAAAUGGUCAUUCUACAGGGCACUGAUAGCCGAGUUCAUCGCAACUAUGCUCUUCCUUUACAUCACCGUCUUGACCGUGAUCGGUUACAAGAGCCAAGCCGAUACCACCACCGACUCGUGUGCAGGUGUCGGUAUUCUCGGUAUCGCUUGGGCCUUCGGUGGCAUGAUCUUCGUCCUCGUUUACUGCACUGCUGGGAUUUCCGGUGGUCACAUCAAUCCGGCGGUGACAUUUGGUCUGUUGCUGGCUCGUAAGGUCUCGUUGGUCCGAGCCAUUUCGUACAUGGUGGCUCAGUCUUUGGGAGCCAUUUGCGGAGUUGGUUUGGUUAAGGCUUUCCAAUCAUUGUACUACAACAGAUAUGGAGGUGGAGCCAACACUAUUGCUGAUGGAUACAGCACCGGAACUGGUUUGGGUGCCGAAAUUAUUGGAACAUUUGUUUUGGUUUACACCGUCUUCUCUGCUACUGAUCCCAAGAGGAAUGCUCGAGACUCCCAUGUCCCUGUAUUGGCUCCACUUCCCAUUGGAUUUGCUGUAUUCAUGGUUCACUUGGCUACCAUCCCAAUCACUGGCACUGGCAUCAACCCUGCUAGGAGCAUUGGAGCUGCUGUUAUCUUCAACAACAACAAGGCUUGGGAUGAUCAUUGGAUCUUCUGGGUUGGACCCAUGGUUGGAGCAGGCAUUGCAGCAUUCUACCACCAAUUCAUCUUGAGAGCAGGGGCUGUCAAGGCACUUGGCUCAUUCAGGAGCCAAACCCAUGUUUGAUUCAUCGCACCAAAACCAUAUAAUUC